GUAGAGGUACUUCCGGCUGGCCCUCAGACGGUUGGCGGUGCAACCUUGUUGUGAGCGGGCGAGUGUGGAGCAUCCCAGCGCGGACUGUGUGUGAGGGAGGGGGGGUGGAGAGAGGGUUUAACCGGGAGAGGAGAGAGCGGCAGAGCUGCCGGGGCGGAGGCCCGAGUGUCCGCACACGGACAGCCCCAGGAUGUGCCCGGGGGCCUGGAGACGCUCGCUGUGAAAACUCUGCCCCUUCCAAGGCGAAACUUCCAAGCAGCCGGCCGGCCGGCCCGGGAGAAACCAUGAAGAAACAGUUUAAUCGGAUGCGGCAGCUCGCCAACCAGACUGUGGGAAGAGCUGAGAAGACAGAGGUGUUGAGUGAGGACCUUUUGCAGAUCGAGAAACGUAUGGAUGCAAUAAGAAUAAUUUCACACAAUGCCCACAAGAGACUUGCUGCAUGCUUGCAGGUUCAGCAAGGCAUAGAAGUGGAGAAAAGACAAAAAAAGUUACCAUUGAUGGCUCUCUCCCAAAGCAUGCAGGAAGGAAUUGCUUUAAUAGGGGAUGACUCUCUCAUUACGAAAUUGCUGGAAACAUGUAGUGAAGCAGAACAUAAGCUGGCGUUUGAGCUUGCCUCCUAUGAAUCUCAAAUUGAGAGAGAGAUCCUUGAGCCAUUCAAUAACUUGGCAGAAAUGGAGAUUCCUAACAUUCAAAAACAGAGGAAGCAAUUGGCUAAAUUAGUACUAGACUGGGACUCGGCAAAAAUGCGGUAUAAUCAAGCAAACAAAGCUGCAUUUUCAGGAGGCAAUUUCCCAGCGGUAGCAGCAAAAGUUGACUCACUGAGGGAGGAAAUGGAUGAAGCUGGAAAUAAAGUGGAGCUGUGUAAGGAUCAACUUGCAGCUGAUAUGUACAACUUCAAUUCCAAAGAAAGUGAUUAUGCAAAAUAUUUUGUAACGUUAUUAGAAGCACAAGCAGAUUACCAUAGGAAAUCGUUAAAAGUCCUAGAGGGGGUUCUUCCUACAAUCCAAAACCAGCAAGAUACAUGGACAGAGAAACCUGCAUUUGGAACUGCAUUAGAUGAACAUCUCAAGCGUAGUGGUCGUGAGAUAGCACUUCCUAUCGAGGCAUGUGUAAUGAUGCUGUUGGAAACAGGGAUGAAAGAGGAGGGGCUGUUCCGAAUUGCUGCAGGAGCUUCUAAAUUGAAAAAGCUAAAAGCUGCAUUGGACUGCUCUGCCUCACAGCUGGACGAAUUCUAUUCUGAUCAACAUGCUGUUGCAGGUGCCUUGAAAUCAUAUCUGAGAGAGCUACCAGAACCUUUAAUGACAUACCAGCUUUAUGAUGAAUGGGUCCAGGCUGCAAGCGUACCAGACAUGGACAAGAAGUUACAAGCCCUCUGGCUAACUUGUAGCAAAAUGCCAAAGUCAAACAACUCCAACUUCAGGUAUCUUAUAAAAUUUCUCUCAAAGCUGGCGCAACACAGUGAUGUCAACAAAAUGACUCCCAGCAACAUUGCAAUUGUGUUGGGGCCCAAUCUACUGUGGGCUAAGAAUGAAGGAGCACUUGCAGAUAUGGCAGCAGCUACCUCAGUUCAUGUAGUUACAAUCAUUGAGCCGAUAAUCCAACAUGCGGACUGGUUCUUCCCAGAAGACUUGGAUUUCAAUGUGUCAGGCAUGUUUGCGCCAAUGACCCCUGCCAAUCACCUUAAUAAUCUGCCCUUGUUUGGAAAUGACUAUGAUAGUAGCACACUGGAGAGGAAGAGGCCUGUAAGUGUGGCCGCAGUUGAAGAUAUGGUUAAAAAAGACAGCUUGGGUGUAAAGGUUAUUGAACCUCAAUUGAAUCCUCGCAGAGCUGGCACUCUGAUCAGGAAGCACACAUGCCCAACUGUGCAGCCGCCUCCCCCUCCUGUUGAGGCAGUUCAUAUCAAUGAGCAGCAGCCAUCAGGUUUGGGCCCUGAGUCUGGCCCAGCAGCUGCUGCUCUUCCUACUACUGCUAGUGUGACUGAGCCGCAAGAAACUGAUGAACACAGCCCUUCAAAAUCCAAAGAGCCUGCUGGCACUCCGCCACCUGUCAGAAAUGAUGCUAACACAGCCAGUGCAGGGGUGAGCCCAUCACAGCCAACUGGCACAGGGCCCACUCAACUCAACGUUGCUGCAGGAUCAAAUACAACGGGUCCUAGUCCACACGUAAUCAGAAGAGCAACGAAAAAGCCUGCUCCCGCUCCUCCAAAACCUACAAAUCCACCUCCUGGGCAACCUGCAGGUCAUGGAACUAACCAGCCUGCUAGCCAAGCUUCCGUGCAUUCACCAAAGCAGCCUAACCAAGUUGUCAGUCCAUCUCUGAGUCAGCCUGGAAACUGGAGUCCUGUUCAAUCCCAUGGACAGUCAGUUUCUCAACCGACGAUCCAGCCACGCAGGCAUUCUAGUAAUCUAAUGGUUAUUCAUGCCCCGAGUCACCCCCCACCUCAACCUCCAGCACAGCCUAUCAAUCCUUAUCCAUGUAAAGCACCUAGUGACCAAGUAACAGAUCAGUCCUCCCAUAGCCCACCUGACACACCAACUCCUCCCAGCACCCCUCCAUUAGGAACACACAAUACAAGCUUCCAUUUAAAUCAGCACUUCCCACAUGGCCAGGUUUCCACAGCAAAUCAGGACCUGCAACCCCAGCAUUCGCUUCCCCCCCAGUUUGCCACUUUGCCAAGGGCACGACCAGUACCAAAGCCGAGGAAUCGACCCAGUGUUCCACCACCUCCACAGCCAGCUGUAACAGCCCCUCCUACAAAUUGUUCCAGUCCUCCAGAACAUGCUUUGCCAAAUGUGGCAACUACAGCUUCAAAAAUAGUUACUGAUUCUGAUUCUACUGUGCAAGAGCAGGACUCAAACCAGCCUGUGGAGUUAAUGUCUGCUGCAGGCAACUCUGAACUCGGAAAACAUGAGCAGCAAGAUCUUGACGAUGACUCGGAGAGCACCGCUUUGUGAAGGGUCCCGACACUCCUCCAUUUGCACCGCUAAGCUAUCCUCUUAGAAGCUUAAUUCUGCUGCUGUCAAAAGGAUAUGCCAGCUACAAAAAAAAAAUCAAGAAAGGAAAUAAAACUCUCUUGGUUGUUUUCUGCUAGAUGUGCUCAUGUUGCAUGGAAUAUGAUUGAAGAUUUCAUCAGUGCCACUAUCAUGAUCCCAUCAAUGCCACUAUCAUGACCUAAUCAAUGCCACUAUCAUGGAUUCAUCAAUGCCACUAUUAUGGUCUCCAAACUGAUCCUCUGUUUUGUUUGUAGUUCAGACAGGAGAUUCUUCUGAAAGACAUUCAUUCAUUGCAAGAAACUGUGAUUGUAUGAGAAACCGUUCCCCUUUGGGAGUUCAACUGUGGGUUAACAGCCAACCAUUUGGUUACAUUUGGGUUUCUAGUGCCUUAUUCAAUUGUCACCAAGUUUCUGGAUGGAAACUCACCAUGGUCUUGUUUUCUUCUUUCUUUUAAAUAUUGUACUCUGAGCAGUAUCCAGAUUUUGUACAAGUAAUUAUUUCUGUGUUGAAUUAAACACAUACAAGAAAAUGGUACUGGACUGAGACAGUCUGCUCAAUCUGUACAUUUGUAUUUAUCCUAAUGCAAUUUGCUUGUAAGAUUAAUGCUAAACCAGUUGUACUUGGUUGGUAUUCAUUUUGCUAUGUUCUUCUGUUUAACAUAAAGUGCACUUCUUGCCUUAGGUCUUGUUUUGCAUACAAGGCAGUUUUCUAACUGAUUAAAUCUGAAUAAAUGACACUGUUUUCAUUAGUCUGAGAAUCUGUUAUGAAUUAUAAACAAAAAUACAUUCUGAAG